GUCGCGGCCCGCGGAGCGGGCAGGGGGCGGGCGCAGCUCCACGGCCGCCGCUGGAGCCGCUCCCGCAUCGCGCCCGGCAGCAGCGGGAGCCCGGCAGCCCCGAGCGCCGGCUCCGUGCGCCGCCGGGCCUGAGCGCCGAGCGCCGGCUCCGACAUGUCCGGCAAGAUCGAGAAAGCAGGUAGCUCUCAGUUGAGCUAGUGGGAGCUGGAGUUGUUUGUUACCGUAGCACCCAGUUUGGAAGAUCCCUUGUACCCCAGCAAAGAUUCUGAGCGUUCCCAUCUCUCCUCGUUCACCAUGAAGUUGAAGGGCAAGUUUCAUUCACCAAAAAUAAAGAGAACACCCUCAAAGAAAGGAAAGCAAGUUGAACUGACAGUGAAAACACCAGAGAAGUCAGUGAACAAAAAUGUAUCAUGGCUGGAGGAAAAGGAGAAGGAGGUGGUCAGUGCACUGCGCUACUUUAAGACUAUUGUGGAUAAAAUGGCAAUUGAUAACAAAGUGCUGGAGAUGCUGCCAGGCUCAGCCAGUAAAGUGCUGGAAGCCAUCCUGCCCUUGGUGCAGACUGACCCACGAAUCCAGCAAAGUUCUGCCAUCUCAUCCUGCUACAGCCGAGUGUACCAGAGCCUGGCCAACCUCAUCCGCUGGUCUGAUCAGGUGAUGCUGGAGGGAGUGAACUCAGAGGACAAGGAGAUGGUCACAACAGUGAAGGAUGUCAUAAAAGCUGUUCUGGAUGGAGUCAAGGAGCUGGUCAGACUCACGAUUGAAAAGCAGGAGCAUCCCUCUCCCACAAGCCCAGUUAAACCCAGUUUGCCAGCAUGUAAAUCUGACAGCCCAUCAGAACUUCCCCUUACAGACCGAGAAAUGGAGAUCCUCAACAAAACAACAAACAUGACUCAAUCCAACGAGCUGCUGACUGACUCCAUGGAUGAAGAAGUUGCACCUCCUAAACCCCCUCUGCCCAGCAUUCGUGUGGCAGAGAACAGCCCUCCACCAGCACUGCCCCCUAAAAAACGUCAGUCUGCGCCUUCCCCAACCAGAGUGGCUGUGGUGGCCCCCAUGAGCAGAGCUACCAGUGGGUCCAGUUUACCUGUUGGGAUCAACAGACAGGAUUUUGAUGUUGACUGCUAUGCCCAGAGGAGGCUGUCAGGUGGAAGCCACUCCUACGGGGGGGAGUCUCCUCGGCUGUCCCCGUGCAGCAGCAUUGGCAAGCUGAGCAAGUCAGACGAGCAGCUCUCGUCGCUGGACCGCGACAGCGGGCAGUGCUCCCGCAACACCAGCUGUGAAACCCUGGAUCAAUCAGAUCACUAUGAUCCAGACUAUGAAUUCCUGCAGCAGGACCUCUCCAACACUGAUCAGAUACCUCCUCAGGGGCCCAGUGUCCUCAGCCCCUUGCCAGAGUCCCUGGGCGAGUCUGGCUCCCCUUUCCACGGACACACGUUCCAGCUCCCGCAGGGCUCCUCUCCUCCGCUGGAACCCUGCAGCCUCCCAGGAGCAGCACAGCCAACAGAGACUCCCCCAGCUUUGCCAGAGAAGAAGAGGAGGAGUGCAGCCUCGCAGACCUCGGAGAGCUCCGGCUGCAGGGUGUCCUACGAGAGGCACCCAUCCCAGUACGACAACAUCUCCGAGGAUGACCUGCAGAGCGCCGCCCUCGUCCCCUCCAUGCCCUUCACGCCCUUUGCUGCUGUUCUGCCUUUCCAGCAAGGAAACUCUUCAGCUCCAGUGGGAUUCAUUGGUGAUUUUGCUGCUCCAGUUUCGAACAGUGACCCAGAAAAGCCGCCACCUCUGCCAGAGAAGAAAAACAAACACAUGAUGGCCUACAUGCAGUUUGUGGAGGACUACUCCGAGCCACAGCCCUCCAUGUUCUACCAGACCCCUCAGAACGAGCACAUCUACCAGAAGAAGAACAAGUACCUCAGGGAAGUCUAUGGGAUCAACGACUCCUUCCCCAGCUCCGACCCCCCUCAAGAUCUGGCACCUCCUCCUGCUCUGCCACCCAAGCAGAGGCAGCUGCAGGCCUCCUAUGCUGCCUCUUCUUUCUCCUCUGUCUCCUACUGUGUCCAGCAACCUAAAGUGCCCUUCAGCCCCGAGGACUGCGCUGCCACUCAGGGCCUCACUAUGUCAGUCUCUAACUCCUUUCUCAGCAGGCACAGCUCCUUUCCUGUGCACUCGUACAAAUCCGUGUUUAGGUCCUACUCCCAGGACUUUGUGCCUCACAACCAAGUCUCCAUACCUCCUUUCCUCUCUUCUACCUCCUCCUCCUGCUCCACUCCGCCUUUCCCGCCCGUCCAUGUGUCCCAGAGCCCCGACCUAGCGGUGCCCGCUGCAGCCAGCCAGUCACCCAGCACUGUGGAUGUGCCAAACUCCUCUUCUCAGGAGAGCAGCUUUAAUGGGAGUGCUCCUGUCUGCCUUCCUUCUGAAACCUCUUUCACUGAUUCUCUCCAGACGCCUUCGAGUGAAAACGCCAGUGAGGAGGCUGGUGAGGGUGAAUAUGUCAAUCUGUAUUCCUCUGGCCAGAGCAACGGGGAACUCCCAGGCUCUGAAGGAGAAUCUCCCCCUGUCAAAGAUGGCCCCUCCAAAGACUCGGCUUUGAACAGCAGUGCCAUGGGCAAGGAGGGCAAAGAUGGUGCUGAAAGGCAGCCACAGUCACCAGAUGCUUUGGAGUCAUCACAGCUGGAGGAAGAGGUAGAUGAGCUGUCCCUUAUUGACCACAGUGAAAUCAUGUCCAGAUUAACACUGAAGCAAGAGGGGGAUGAUGGGCCAGAUGUCCGAGGUGGAUCUGGGGACAUUCUCUUGGUGCACGCCACAGAGACCGACAGGAAAGAUCUGGUGCUGUACUGUGAAGCCUUUCUGACCACAUACAGGACAUUCAUUACCCCUGAAGAGCUCAUCAAGAAGCUGCAGUACAGAUAUGAGAAGUUUUGCCACUUCCCGGACACGUUCAAGAAGAGAGUCAGUAAGAACACCUUCUUUGUGCUGGUGAGAGUGGUGGAUGAGCUGUGCUUGGUGGAGUUGACAGAGGAGAUCCUCAAGCUGCUGAUGGACCUGGUGUUCAGGCUGGUGUGCAGUGGGGAGCUGAGCCUGGCCAGGGUGCUGCGCAAGAACAUCCUGGAUAAGGUGGAUCAGAAGAAAAUGCUGAGCUACGCCAACUCCAUCAAACCUCUCGCAGCCAGAGGGGUGGCAGCCAGGCCAGGGACACUGCAUGAUUUCCACAGCCAUGAAAUAGCUGAGCAGCUGACCCUGCUGGAUGCUGAACUCUUCUAUAAAAUCGAGAUUCCAGAAGUUCUGCUUUGGGCAAAGGAACAAAAUGAAGAGAAGAGUCCCAACCUGACACAGUUCACAGAGCACUUUAAUAACAUGUCCUACUGGGUUCGUUCAAUAAUUAUGCUACAAGAGAAAGCCCAGGACCGAGAGAGGCUGCUCCUUAAAUUUAUAAAGAUUAUGAAGCACUUACGAAAGCUGAAUAAUUUUAAUUCCUAUCUGGCCAUUCUUUCUGCACUGGAUUCUGCACCCAUCCGAAGGCUGGAGUGGCAGAAGCAAACCUCAGAGGGCCUGGCUGAGUACUGCACCCUGAUCGACAGCUCCUCGUCCUUCCGCGCCUACCGAGCGGCCCUGGCCGACGUGGAGCCCCCCUGCAUCCCCUACCUAGGCCUGAUUCUGCAGGACCUGACCUUUGUCCAUCUGGGAAACCCUGAUUACAUUGACAGCAAAGUGAACUUUUCCAAGCGCUGGCAGCAGUUUAACAUCCUGGACAGCAUGAGGUGCUUCCAGCAAGUACAUUACGACAUCAAAAGGAACGACGACAUAGUGUCAUUCUUCAACGACUUCAGCGACCACCUGGCUGAGGAGGCCCUGUGGGAACUGUCGCUGAAAAUCAAACCGCGGAACAUCACGAGGCGGAAAACAGAUCGGGAAGAGAAAACCUAGGAGGAGGGGUUGUGCGAGGAGAAUCGCUCCGCAGAGGCGCCGAGGGCAGCUAUGAGACUGGAGUUCAAUGUCUGUACCUGUCACUGGAUGACACACCCUCCCUCCCAGCUGGCAGCCAGCCCUGGGGGUGGCCAUGCCGGCCGGCGCAGCCGCCGAGGGCAGAGAUCGAUCGUCCGGUGCUCGCUGCACUCGCCCUCCUCCUCCUCCCGCCCCUCUGUGCCAUGAACCAGCUUUAACCCCGGGGACAGAGCUGUGUGGAAGGAGUGUCCCACGCCAGCGUGUUGCUGGUUUGCUGGCCUGUUGCAUUCAGGUGUACCCUGGCUCUUGUUUCCAUCCCGAGCAGGGGCAGCAGGAGCUCAGCGCCCACUGACUCAUGUCCGGAGCGGCGUCGGGCAGCAGCCAAGGAAGCCAAGGGUUGGAGUCUCCCCUGCAAUGCCACCUUCCCAACGUGUUCGUGAGGAUGGAAGUGUCUCCUGCUGCCUGCCAGAGGAGCUCUGCUUCCAGAGAGCUGCUUGUGUUUACAGGGGUCUCGGCUCACCCCAGAUCUCUGGGCCUUCUUCACGGCAGGAAGGCACCGGUCGUAGAUGCAGAAGAGGCACUGAAAAUGUGGGCAGGGACCCGCCAUCUCCAGUCAUCACACCCCCCUCCUCCUCUCAGAUCUCGUUAUUUAAGCAACAGUAAAUCCCUCUGAACCUGGAAACACAGACUGCCCAGGUACUGGGGGUCACCUGCCUGUGCCCCCGUGUCUCUUAGCGAUGGUACUUAGCUUUUGCACAGGAAAUGCUGUAGGAUACAGACUGUACAUACCUAGUGUUUAGAACCCCCUGGGGAUUUUUGAUGCAUGUCUGAAUACCCAUGAGUUUAUAGGAAAAAAAAAAAAAAACAAGACAAGUGCAAACCAGUCUGUAUAAAAUCCACAACCAGUGACAAUGUUGUUCCGAGUGCUGGAUAAAGGAGGCUCGGGGCAGCCAGGUGGGCACUGGCUGCAGAGCAGGGGCUGGAGCCUCCUGAAGGAGCCAAUUCUGGGUUGGGAACCAGGAAGGAGCCCUGUGCCCAGCUGAGCCACCCUGUCCUCCCACCCACUCCUCUCUCCUCUCUCUGUUGCCAAAUGUUUUUCUCUGGGGGUCCCUGUUAGACCCUCAGUGCUGUGCUUUGAGAGCUGUGCUUUGGCAGGACCCCCAGCCAGUCCCUGUCCCCAGUCCUGCUGCUGCCAGCAGGGCAGGGACAGCCCAGCACGGAAGGGCAAGGCAGGGGUGUCAUUUCCCACACACACAGUGUUAACCCCAAUCUGUUCAGUGUGCCUUAUUCAGCCCUUGUGUCCCCCUCUGUGUCCCCCCCAGCACAGCCCCAGCCAGGCCGUCCCACGUCCCUCCUCUGUCCUGCUCCAGUGGUUUGCAGUUGGAUCAUGGGUGUGAGUGUGUCCUGCAGGUUUUGCCAGACCCUCCUCAGCUCCCUGUCACGUGGUCACAGAUUUUUAGAGGGUUCUGACAAAAUCCUGCACAUUUAGGGCAGCAGCUUCCAAGGAAUACAGAGAUGGAGUUUCACAGAGCAUCCUUAACUUAUUUCUCAAUAGCAGCUCUGUGCCUGCUAAAGCCUCUGUUUGUUCUGGGUGAAUCAGAGCUGCACUCCUUUCCUUCUCCAAACAGAUUGCAAAGCCUUGGCCAGCUCUGCCAGGAAGGGGUGACAGCCCAGGGUUUUACCCAGCUUGGUGAUUUUCCUGAGCACUCAGGCACGAGGCUCACACAGUGGCCAAGCACAGAGAGACCCCCUGCCCAUGAGGGCACCUGGGGGAGGGCAGUGUGGGGUCCCACACAGUUCUGUGCAGCCCCAGAGCAGGAGGAACAGGAAUUAUUCAUGCUGAACCACGGGGUCUGAGCCAGAACACUUCAAAAGUGGUUUAUUUUCAUGGCACUGAGGGCAUUGGAGCUGUGUGUUCUGUCCAGCCAAGGCUUUGCAAUCCCCGGAGGCUUCCCAGGAAGUCAUAUCCAUGUUUCCUUUGUAAAUAAGAUCUUUUAAAAGCCCAGCAUGGUGAGAAGGGUGAUGAAUACACCCAGGAUGUGGUGUGGGCUUUGCCCUGGUGGCUCUGGAGUCACAGCCCUGGGGGCUCAGGGGGACAGGAGGGGCCAGCUUGUCUUCACCCAGCUGAGGGGUGAGCAAGUGGCUGGGGCACACAGGACACCCCAAAACUGGCACUGACUGGGGUUCCACAGGGCUCCACCCCUGGCCCUGUGCUCUUCAGCAUCUUCAUUGACAACCUGGACACAGGACUGGAAGGGAUACUAAGGAACUUUGCUGACAACACUAAAUGUGGGCACCUAUAUAAAAGAAGAUAUUAAGCUAUUACAGAGUGUCCAAAGGAGGCCACGAGGAUGGGGAAGGGUCUGGAGGGGCCUCGUGAGGAGCAGCUGAGGGCACUUGGUUUGUUCAGCCUGGAGGAGACUGAGGGGGGACAUUGUGGUCUUCAGCAGCCUCACGAGGGGCAGGUGCAGAUCUCCUCACCUGUGAGCAGUGACAGGACCCGAGGGAACGGCUGCAGCUGUGCAGGGAGGUUUAGGCUGGAAAUCAGGAAAAAGUUCUCCUCCCAGAGGGUGGUGGGGCACAGCACCAAGCCUGUCUGAGAUCAAGAAGUGUUUGGAUGGGAUUUUUGUGUUGUCCUGUGCGGGCCAGGAGUUGGACUCUGUGAUCCUGCUGGGUCCCUUUCAAGUCAGCAAAUUCUGUGAUCCUGUGAUCCCCAACCAGCAGGAGCCAUUUCCAGGCUCUUCCCUGCACUUGAGCCCAAGGUUAGCACCAAAGGAGGUUUUGGUCUCUGCCCUCUGCCAAGCCCCCAGAGCUGGAGCUCAGCCCAUGGUGUGGGGAUGGGAGCUCUGGGUGCCCCCAGCUUUCCUCCCCUUCACCCCUUCCUCUGCUGUCAUCCCCAGCUGAGCAGUGUCCCAGCCACAGCUCCUGGCUCCUGUCCCACCCUCAGGCCAGGCUGGAGGGGCUGGAGGGACCCUAGAGGAGAGUCCCCCACCUGGAGCAGCUUCAGGUUUGCUGACCAGAGACCCCCCCAUUCUCCAGGAGCAGAAACCCAGAACAUCCUUGUGUAAAACUGGCCAUGAGUGUGUCCCCAUCUUGCAGGCAGCAUCCUCAAGGCCAUCACCUCUUUUUGGGGAGAGGGAAGAGUCUGAGUGCUCUCUCCACACGGGGCAGGGAGUGGGGAGAAGCCAUGCACCCCAUCACCAGCCCCCUGCCCCGGGCCUCUCCCCCAAGCAGUUCCAUUGUAUUAUAGAUUUACCACUAACCCCCAUGGUGGCAUCUUCCUGCAGACAUUUCAGACCUGUAACUUUUAUAUUAAAGACAAAUAAAACACCAGUAACGAGCCUGCCUGAUGAUCCUGUUUACAGUGCAUGCACAGUCUGUGGAUUAAAGUGACAAUCGAAUCCGCCUCUGGCGCUGG